AUGACUACACGCAAGCAUAACGAGUUCCUCGACCUCCCAAGCGAAGAUGAAGAGCAUAGCGACCGCGGCUAUGACUCCGAGGAGAACGUGACGAAAAACAAAGGCCGCAAUGUGAAGCGGCGCCGAACGGCAGACACCCAAGACCUGUUCGGUCUGCAAUCAGAUCAGUCCGACGAAGAAGAUUCUGAAGACGACACACCUGAGGAGAAGGGGAAAGCGCACAAACAAGCGAAGUCUCGCAAGGAAGCAGCCUCGGACGAGGAGGAGGAGGCGGAGGAGGAGGGUGCAGAGAACAGCGACGGAGAAGAAGAGGACGACUACCUCGACUUAACGGCCUCCAAGCCCUCGAAAACCAAGAAACCGCUCAUCACAAAGCCGGUCAAGCCGACCAAGAAGUCGAAAUCGAAGCCCGGUGUCAUUUACCUGAGUUCCUUGCCACCAUACCUCAAGCCCUCCGCUCUACGGUCCUUCCUAGAGCAGCGUGGAUUUGCGCCUAUCACUAGGGUAUUCCUACAACCGACGGUCAAGGGCAAUGGCGCGCCGAAGCGACAGUCCAAUAAAAGGAAGACAUAUUCUGAUGGAUGGGUGGAAUUCCAAAGCAAGGCUACGUAUGUUUCUCAAUGGAAACUAUUCAUGCUCGGCGUUACUGAUCUUAGAUAUAGGGCCAAACUUGCCGCCGAGACAUUGAACUGUCAACUCGUGGGAGGAAAGAAGGGGUCGUGGUAUCAUGAUGAUAUUUGGAACAUGAAGUAUCUUCGUGGAUACAAAUGGUCGGACCUGAUGGAGCAAAUCCAGAGAGAGCGCGCAGAGAGGGAAUCGAGACAACGUGCCGAGGACUUGCGCGCCAAGAGGGAAGAGAAGGUCUUCAUGGCGGGCGUGGAGCGUGGACGAGUCGAGGAGGGUAUGGCCAAGAAGAACGAUGCGAAGAGGAAGAGACAAACUGAGGCGGGAGACACCACCGAGGUCAAGGCUCCAGCGAAGGUCCCAGAGAACCCGAAGAAACCCCGGAGGACAUUCGUUCAAAACGAUGUUGUUUCUGCGAAGAAGACGGAGACGAUUGGAGAUGAUGCGAAGAGGGUGUUGGGCAAGAUCUUUUGA